UUACUGCUGCAGCCGCAGCUCCGCUGCUGUGACAUUCUCUCUAUGUAAACGGGCGUUUUGAAGCCUGGAAGAGCAGAGACAUGCAGAAGAGCUCAGUGGUCGUGGUGGCGGACAAAACGAGCCUGAAAAGGCCGUUUAUUUUUGCAAACGCAGUACAUAUGGCGCUCUGCUUCUUCAUGCUGAGAAUGACAGUCGUUUGGCACAGAGACCUCAUACAGACGGGCAAAAUGGUGUCCAGUAUGUCUGUGGUGAUGAUGUAUAUCAUCGAGGUCGGCUGCCUGCUGCUCUCAGUGCUCGGCGUGUUUGGAGCCUGCAAAGGAAAGAGAUGGUGUUUGAUUCUGUAUGCAGCCGGGAUGGCAGCGGCCAGUCAAACGAUCAUUGUCAGAACGGCACUGAAUUACCAAGAUGUUUACGAGAAACGCGUUGUUCGAGAGGAGUCCAAGCUGCUGGCCAUGAUGCCCCUCAGUGCGACUAGCAAGGCCAACAGGACGCUGCUGUACCACAUCCAGGAGGAGUUUGAAUGCUGUGGUCUGAUCGAGGGCUACAAGGACUGGGGCUCUUCUAUACCCUCCUCUUGUAACUGUCACUAUCCAGGAAAAUGUAUUCGUCUGCGGGGCAGUGCCACGCUUGGAGCGCCGAAGAACAUCUAUAUUUAUGGAGAGCCUUGCUUACCGAUUUAUGUCUCGGAGCUGAAGUUGGCAUUCUCCCUGGUGAUGGGUAUACAGUUUGGAAGCGGAGUGUUUUGGAUUAUUUUACUGGUCAUGAGCGUCAAGCUGAUGGGGCAGAUAAAAAGGAAACAGGAGUUCCUGGCUCUUCUCCAGUCAAACAGAUAUGUUCCUGGUGCUUUCUAGCACCAGUCGACUGUACCUUUUAAUACACACUUAAGAUUACUCUCAAGCAUACCUGGUUUGACUUUGCACAUUACGCUGUAUACCAUAAUCUGGCUAUUUUGUGCUGUAGCAAUAUAUAAUAUGAUUUUCUAUAUGUUAAUGCAUGUAACCAAUGUUUAAAAUUAAUCUACAUGCAUAAAUCAAUAUCAUAUAACUCUUUUGAGCCUUACUGCUGUAAAACAAAAAACAACCAAAAAAAAAGAAGCAAUUUAAUGGGACUUACAGUACAGUACAGUUUAUAUAAUACGCAUACUUUCACAUAUUUUUGUCAUAUCUGAAUUUGUGCUGCUGGUGGUUAUCUUGCUAAAUCUUCUGUUUCUCUGGUUGGCUUGAGGUUCUGUUUAUGUUUAUAUCUUUUCUUAUGUUCCUCUUUGUUUUUCUGCCAUAAUGGGCUGUUACAGUUUUUAAAGUCGUACACUAUAAUAUCUCAAAUUUGGCAAACUCAUUAAAGGCACCCUGUGUAAGCAUGACCAAUCCAGAAAAAGGGGGGAGCAUAAAUGUCAGGUCCUGGUGAACCUAAUUGCAAGUAACCAGUCCUUAUACUUUCUCCGUGGGGGUAAGAAACAUUUUUUGUCUCAUUGAUGCCUUAUUUUUCCUCCUUUUCUUGUGACUUCUCCAUCUUGCAAUCUGCCAUAAAAUGGUCAUUCUUGGGUGGUAGAAUGAACAGUACAUUGACUGCGUUUACAUGCAGUCAAUAGCCCUUUUAAAACCCAAAUAUUAGCAAUAACCCGGUUUUGCAUGAACAUGUAAACACCAAUAAGCCCUUUGAAUAACCCCAAUUUUUAAAAACCCGAAUAUGACCCCUGGGUUACUCCUUUUAUAACCCGAAUAUUCGGUCAUGUAAACGCCUAACGGGAUAUCCCCAUCAAACGGAACAUGAAUUUGUUUUCUGCGCAUGCUCUGUUCGCAAGGAAUCCUGGUCUUUUGAGUCCAGGAAGUUCUUAUAAACACGGAGAAAUGCAAGACCACGCCACACUUUUGGAGUAAAGGUGAGCGAAAAGUCGCGCGAAGCAGCAUUUGUUUUGAAUUUGGAUACAGGAAGAAGAAGCGGAAUUGCGUCAUAACGUUCUCCGUGCGUCGCUGUUUGAUCCAGAUAUAUCCCAAAUGAUUAAUCACCAUGUAUACAGGGAUAACCCUGUUUGCUCACGCAUGUAAACGGAAUAUUCCGAAUGUUUCAGUAACCGGAAUAUUAGCAAUAACCCUGAUUUUGACUGCAUGUAAACGUAGUCAAUGAUUAACGUGACUAGUGGGACAAACUGGUAUUAGGCUACAGACUUGACGGUCCGUCCCCACUCGUCAACUAUGUUCAGUGGCCCUUUAAUCAAUACAACAGAUAUACUUUUUAACAUAAUAUAUUACCUUAUGUUCAUUUGUUUGAUUGCUUCGAUAUAUAUUUUGAAGCGUAAUUCCUACAUAUGGCACCUUUUAAAGGACAGUAGCCUGACUCUUAUUGCGGAUUUGGAUGGAUUGGAAUUUUGUAACCUAAUGUUUGGUUUUAAAAAAUGAAGUACCAUUAAUCUUCAAAAUUCAGCAUAUAUGCCUAGACCAAACUUUGCUUUUUUUUCCAUUUUGAAACGUGUUCUUGCAUCACAACCAAGCAACAAACAGGAAGUGAGGUCAUAUUUCAUAAACACUUGUGCAUUUACUUUUAGUUGAUAUGAUGUACUGGAAUGCUACAUGCAUAUAUAUACAGUAGAAAUAUACAUAUACUGUGAGCAUGCCGGUGAGAAAUAUCUUCAGACUUUUGCUGGCGCUGCAGAAUGUCACAUGACAUUCAACCCUCUGGAGAACAUGGUCUGGAGAGGUCAAUCUCCAUGAGAACCAUCUCUGUGAAGAGCUAGGUUUGCUGUGAUAGGCUGAGCCCAGACUCACAUUAGUGAGUGUUGUGUCUUCAAAUUUUCCGAUCUCUCAUCAUCUACAAUCAAAUCCCCCAAAGAAGAUGAAAUGUAUUGGAUUUUUUUUUCAUCAAGCCUCGUCUGUAAAAGCGUUCCUCUUGGCUGGUGCUCCCUGAAGACGCUGCUGUGAACUUAUCACGACAGUUUUGGUCAUUAUAAAAGUGAAGAACUGUAACACAGCCACAGGGAGUCAAAGUUGUAGAGUUGUACUAAAACACACAAAAGAAAAACCAAACAAAAAAACAGUGUCAAAUAGUCUGAAACAUAAACCAGCAAUUCAGGAACAUUUGAUUACAAGGGGCCUGCAAUCAGCCAAAAUGGGUUUGCCAAAUAACUUUACAACUAUGUUUUCCUUCAGCUUGAAGUCUGUGUAUCUAGUAAUAAUACGAUAAGAGGUCCAGAAGCCAGGAGCAUAAGCUGGCUUCAUGUCAAUAUUCCACCAAUGCAGAUAUCAGUUUCUAGAAAUUAGACCUAAGAUUUCCAAAUACGAAGCCUUUAUGGCUUUUUAGUUGAAAUAUAUGGUUUUAAAAUGUCCUAUCCAGAGGAAAGUUGUGAACUGAUCAUUUAAAAAGGAGACAUGUAGUAGGUUGUUCUUUUCAAAAGGUUUACAUAAUUUCCUGAGGUUUUGAUGACAUCCUUGUGUCGGUUACUUUCGACAUGAGAGUUGCAGCUUUUUGCUACACACUUCUGGGUUCUGCCAAAUUCAGCUUUAUGUGAAGUAGUUUGAAGAUAAAGACGGUGGACAGCUCCCCUCUACUCUGGGGUUUGUGAUGUCACAGUACUGUAAAAGUCUGACCCGCUCAGAGCAGGAGAAAUGUUCAGUCUUGGACCUUCCCAAACAGUGAUGCAGUUAUGUAGCGUUGGAGUUUAAGUUGAUAGCUACUUCAAAAACACACAAAGUAAAAAAAUCGAGCACUGAAUUUUUUUAAGGUAUUUUAGCCCAACAUAUUAUCUGGACUUCAUGUAUUUAUUUUGCAUCUGAAGCACACUGUCAAUUUUUGAGCAUUAGAAUGAUAUUUGAGAUAUAUAAGUAACAUUUAUGUAGCAUCGUUCAACACUGUUUACAAAGCGCUUCUAUUGAAAUAUAACCAUUUAUUACUCAGUGUAGACAAAGGAAUGACUCACGUCUCAUAGUGACACCAGAAUGUUUAGACUCCUCUUAUUGCACACUGUACAUAUUUGAAACGUCACCACUGCAUUUUCUUUCUCCUUUUUUUAACAUUCUUUUGAGAAGCACAAUAAAGUGCAAAUGACACGUCACCAUGUCCAGCCGACGGAGGACUUGGUGGCUUCUGUUUGCACAUUCAGCAGAAAUGCAGGAAAAAUCAUCACUUACUUUCAUUUAAAGGUUUGGGCAAACGUUGGCAAGGCCGCUGCAGUUUGUUGAGGAUCUUGUCGGAAGGUGAAUCAUGGGUAAUAUUCUUGCAGAGACCAAUCCUCCAUCUGAUGCCACUCUCACCAAAGAAGCCUUUCUGCCACAUCACUUCUGUAACGACUUGCUGCAUGAACUGCCUGCAGCUGAAAUCUCUCUUUGACUAAUGUAUUGUCAAAUGAAUUUCAUCUGAAAAAGCAGAUCCAGUGUCUACCUGUGCACUUUAACCAUUAAUGCCUGAUAUGCAGUAUGUUCUUGCAAAGUACGGUUAUUAUUUAUGUCAUAAACUGUUUUUUAUUUCUGAGGAGAAACUUGAUGUAAUAUUUUGUAAA